AUGCGAUUCUUCUCCCGGCUGCGAUCCUGGCAAUCAUCUCGUGCCAAGCCGAGCCCGUCAGAAAAGCUAUCCAUCCCUGUAGGGCUCUCUUCUACCGCGAUGAUUGCCUUUUACUCUCCUCCGCCUAAGCAUGUACUGAGAGAUCUAAAACAACACGUAUCCGUCUGGUUGAAGUUUGAUCGAUCUGUGCCAAAACGGUGGUGCGGACCCCUCCCCGAUGUCAGCAUCAGCGGAUCGGAAAAGGCAGUUACACUGCCCUGA